AUGUCUGCUGGAGAAAGAAGCAAAAUUCGAUUCGUAUCUGAGGGAGAGGCAGCCAUACACUAUGCAAUAGGACAUAGCCCUUCGGUUUAUGAUGGAAUUAGGCUAGGAAGUAUUCUUCUCAUCUGCGAUGCCGGCGGUGGAACAACGGAUAUUGGGAUCUAUAAAGUGAGAAGUGUAUCGCCCCUUUAUCUCGAGGAAGUUGCGCGUCCUCGCUGUCGUAUAGCAGGUGGAGUCUUUGUGAACGAAGCAGCAAGAAAGCACAUUAAAUAUCAACUAAGAGGAUCAGCACGAUUGGACAACGAAGAAUGUAUAGUGAAUGCGGUCAGAGAGUUCGAAAGAACUGCGAAACGAAUGUUCAAGGGCUCUGAGAUCAAUAGUUUGGUCAAGGUCGACAGCAGCGGACAAAGCGAUGAAAGUCGAAACAUUCACCGGGGGCGAUUGAGAAUUCCGCGCGCCAAGAUGAUGUCCUUCUUCGACCCCUUAAUUAAGCUUGUCGCCCAAGAAUUACAGGAUACACUGGUAUCUAGCGGGGCAUUGGUAGUCGAUAAAAUUAUCCUUGUCGGUGGAUUCGCUGAAUCCGAAUACGUGUACUCGGAAUUAAAAACUUGGGCGAACAAAAGGGGGCUGGAACUAGCGAAGCCGGAUGGAGUCUUGUCGAAGGCGAUUUCUCAUGGUGCUCUUACAUGGCACCUGGAGUCCGGAGUUCAACUACGAGUCGCUAAGAUGCACUACGGGGCAGAGACCGAUCUCGACUAUGUUGCCCAGGAUCCUGAAAUUCAUGAUCGCAGAACGUUCCAGAAUAUUUUGGGCCAGUGGCGCGUUCGACACGGCUGGAACACCAUAGUCUCUAAGAACUCGAGGAUAAGGAUUGGAGAAGAGCAUGCUGCUUGCUUUCAUCACGAAUUUGGCCAGAAUGACAGCUUCAUUGUUGAGAUGGAGCUAUAUGCAUAUCGAUGGGAAGAGCCGCCGGCCUUCUUCAAAACAAAAGAUGGAGGUCUAGUUGACGGCUUCGUCCAUCUCGGAACAGUGAAAGCCAAUCUCACCCAAUGUUUUGAGGCAGCGCCCUAUUGCAUCGCUCCUUCUGGGAAGAAAUACAAACGUUUGGACUAUCAGAUUUGCCUCUCUUUCGAUGAAAUUGAGAUUUCCGCCAGACUGCGCUGGAAGACGAAUAAAUCUUACAAAUAUGGGGAGGCUACUAUCGCAUACGAUGUUUGA